AUGGCGACUACAGGACUUCAGUUCACGUUAUGGCUCAUCUACCUGACGCUGCUGGUUAGCUCACUCACUCAGACUGUAACCAUCGUUCCUCCUGUUAACACACUAAACCUCAAUUCAGGUAAUUCAUCUCACCUCGGCCGAGUGUGCACGACUUGGGGACACUAUCACUGGAAGACCUUUGAUGGAGAGUUCUUUCAGCUUGCCUCUACUUGUAACCAUGUCGUGGCAUCACAGUGUAAAGGCAGCUAUGAGAAUUUCAACAUCCAGAUGAGGCGCAAAAUAGUCAACGACAUCCCUACUAUCAGCAAGAUCAUCAUCAAGCUGGAAGGUUCUGUGGUAGAGCUGUCCAGCAGUGCUGUGAUUUUCAAUGGCAAGACCGUGUCACUGCCAAUGGUCUCUUUCCUGGUGACUAUUAAGGGGUCCACAUCUAGUAUCGUUGUUGAAACUAAGCUGGGAAUCAGAUGUGUCUGGAACCUGGAUGACUCUCUGGAUCUUGAAAUAGAUGACAAAUACCAGAACCAGAUCUGUGGACUGUGUGGAAACUUUGACGGUGUGGCCAAUGAGUUGGUGAAAGAUGGAGUUUCACUGUCUGUGUCAAACUAUGCUGAGGCCUACAAGGUGAAUGAGCCAACAGAGACCUGUGAGGAGCCUGAGCUCAACCAAGUCCUGAGCUGUGGAGAUAAGAAAUUCUGUGAGCAGUUCUUCUCCAGUGAUCCAUUUAGCAGUUGCCAAAACCGUCUGGAUUUGGAAUCCUUCAGUAAAGCCUGCAUGGCUGAUAUGUGCAACUCUAAAGACAACACUAACUCUGUCCUCUGUAAAACCAUCUCAGAGUUCUCCAGAGAGUGUGUCCAUGCCGGCGGCAAGCCCCAACCAUGGAGGAAUACUACUUUUUGUUACAAAAAAUGUCCUUACAACAUGGAGUUCACAGAGUGUAGCAGCUCUUGCCCUGACAGCUGCUCCAACCCUCAGGCCAGCCAGACAUGUGACAAUCACUGCCAGGAUGGCUGCAGUUGCCCUGCUGGAACGGUCUUCGAUGAUAUCAGUAACACUGGCUGUAUUACAGCUGAGCAGUGUCCAUGUACGCACAACGACAAAGCCUAUAAGUCAGGAGAGUCUUACUCUUUCAACUGUAGAUCCUGUGUGUGUCAGAGUGGCCAAUGGAAAUGUACAGAGGAGAACUGUCCAGGAACCUGCUCUGUGGAGGGAGGAGCCCACAUCAACACCUUCGAUGGGAAAGUCUAUACCUUCCAUGGGGACUGCUCUUAUGUUAUGGCUAAGCAAAGUAAUGGCUCUGCAUACACUGUACUGGUGGACCUGGUCAAGUGUGGUCUGGCUGACAGUAUGACCUGCCUCAGAGCUGUAACUCUGGCCUUAUACGGAAAUGCUGUGGUUGUGAAAAUUCAGGCAUCUGGGCAGGUCUAUGUGAACCAGAUUGUCUCUCAGCUUCCACUGUUUACGCCUGAGCUGAGUGCCUUCAGACCAUCAUCCUUCUACAUCGUCAUAAACACCAAGGUGGGCAUACAAAUGAUGGUCCAGCUGUCCCCCAUGAUGCAGGUCUUCAUCUCAGCUCACCCUUCACUCAAAGGAACCACCUCUGGUUUGUGUGGGAACUUCAACAACAAAAUGAGUGAUGAUUUCAGGGUGAUGAAUGGGCUGGUGGAGGGCACUGCUUCAGCCUUUGCCAACACUUGGAAAACCAGAGCCAAUUGCCCUGAUGUCACCACACGCUUUGGACACCCCUGCAUCAGCAUCAGCAAGGAGAGUUAUGCCCAGUACUGGUGCUCCAAGUUAACAGAUCCCAAGGGAGUGUUUGCUCGUUGCCACUCUAUCAUCAGUCCUGACAUAUACAAAGAUAACUGCAUGUAUGACAGCUGUAACUGUGAGAAAAGUGAGGACUGCAUGUGUACUGCAGUGUCCUCCUAUGUCUAUGCCUGUUCAGCAGCAGGAAUCCAGAUCACCGGCUGGAGGGCAACCAUCUGUGGUAAAUUCAGUACAUCUUGUCCUGCCGGAUCAGUGUAUGACUACAAAAUGACCUGCUGUGGUCGUACCUGCCAUUCCCUCAGUCAGGUUGACUACUCCUGCCAGACCAGCUUCACCACAGUGGAUGGCUGUGGCUGUGCCGAGGGAACCUAUAUGAACGAGGAAGGCCAGUGUGUGGCCAAGACAAGCUGUCCCUGCUAUGAUAAAGAUACCAUUAUUCCUGCUGGACAGGCUAUCACCAAAGAUGGCGCCACAUGCAUCUGCAGACAAGGAGCUUUCAGCUGCUCAGGAGGGAAACGACCACAAUCCUCUACAACAUGCAUUGCCCCCAUGGUUUAUUUUGAUUGCUCCACUGCUCAGCCUGGGGUGACUGGGACUGAGUGUCAGAAGAGCUGCAACUCUCUGGACAUGGGUUGUAUCAGUACUUGCUGUAUAUCAGGCUGCAUGUGCCCUGAUGGCCUGGUGUCAGAUGGAUCAGGAGGUUGUAUCAAAGAGACCAACUGUCCAUGUCUGCACAAUGGACAGGUGUACCAGCCUGGACAGACGCUGACUGUGGACUGCAACACCUGCUAUUGCAGUGGCAAGACAUUCAGAUGUACCACCAACGUGUGUGAUGCAGUUUGUGGGAUCUAUGGUGAUGGCCACUACACCACAUUUGAUGAUAAGAGGUUUGACUUCAAUGGACAGUGUGAAUAUACACUCCUCCAGGACUACUGUGGUUCUAGUCAGGGCAGUGGAAGCUUCCGAAUUAUCACUGAGAAUGUUCCAUGUGGAAGCACAGGAACCACCUGCUCCAAGACCAUCAAGAUUUUUGUUGGGGAUAAUGAAUUCCAGCUUAAAGAUGAGCACUUCCAGGUGGUAAAGGGCAGCAGCCAGGUGUUCCCUUCUCAGUUACAGAAGAUGGGUAUUUAUCUGGUAUUGACGGUCAAACCAGGACUUGUGCUCAUGUGGGACCAGAAGACCAGUCUUUUUAUUAAACUCAGUCCAAAGUAUGAGGGUCAAGUAUGUGGUCUGUGUGGAAACUACGAUGGUAACAGUAAGAAUGACUUCACCACACGCUCCCAGGAGACAGUAGCAGAUGUUUUACACUUUGGCAAUAGUUGGAAAGCUUCAUCCAGUUGCCCCAAUGCCCAACUCCUCACUAAUCCCUGUGCUUCCAACCGCUACCGGGCAGCCUGGUCCCAGAAACAGUGUAGCAUCAUCACCAGUGCCACCUUCAAGGGCUGUCAUUCAAAGGUUGACCCAGGGCCAUUCUUCGAUUCUUGUGUGAGAGACUCUUGUGCUUGUGACACCGGUGGGGACUGUGAGUGUCUCUGCACUGCUGUGGCUGCCUACGCCAAAGCUUGUAAUGAAGCUGGAGCAUGUGUUAAAUGGAGAACUCCCAAGCUGUGCCCUAUUUUCUGUGACUACUAUAACUCCCCUGAUGGCUGUGAGUGGCACUACAAACCUUGUGGAGCUGACUGCAUGAAGACAUGUAGGAAUCCAUCAGGAAACUGUUCCAACCUCAUCAAUGCCCUGGAAGGCUGCUAUCCACAGUGUCCUCCAACCCAGCCAUUCUUUGAUGAAGACACAAUGAAGUGUGUCACCUGGGGCCAAUGUGGCUGCUAUGAUGACAAAGGCACCCAUUACAGCAUUGGAGAUAAGGUUCCGUCAGACGGAUGUACCACUUGCUCCUGCACAGUCUCUGGAAUAAGGUGCAACUACGAUGUGAACUUUUGUACAUGCUUCAUUAAUGGAAAAAUCUACAAAUAUGGGGCUAAAAUCUACAACACAAUGGAUGGAUUAGGACACUGCAUCACAGCUGUGUGUGGGCCAAAUGGCACCAUAAUCAGAAACAUCUUCCCAUGCUUAACCACUACCACUGCUGUCCCGGCAACAACUCCCUUUAGAUUCCGCACGGCUAUGAAAACAACGCCAGGUGUAACCACAGAGGAAAUCACAACUAUACCUGGAGAAACAACUAUAUCAGAGGAAACAACAAUACAGGUUGAGACAACAAAACCACCUAAAAUAGUCACCACUGGCCCAGUCACAACUGCCACCACUGGUGUUGUUGAAACUACAACUUUAUUCCAAGGGGAAACAACCAAAGGUCAAGAAACAACAGUGAUUACAUCCAAGCCCUCUAUUGUUACCACCACUACAAAAGGACCAUCAAUAACAACGAAGGGAACUACCACCAAACCUGGAGAAACAACCAUAUCAGAGGAAACAACAAUACAGGUUGAGACAACUAAACCACCUAAAAUAGUCACCACUGGCCCAGCCACAACUGCCAUCACUGGUGUUCUUGAAACUACAACUUCAUUCCCAGGGGAAACAACCAAGAGUCAAGAAACAACAGUGGUUACAUCCAAACCCUCUAUUGUUACAACCACUACAAAAAGACCAUCAUUAACGACAAAAGGAACCACCACCAAACCUGUAGAAACGACUAUAUCAGAGGAAACAACAAUACAGGUUGAGACAACAAAACCACCUAAAAUAGUCACCACUGGCCCAGUCACAACCGCCACCACUGGUGUUGUUGAAACUACAACUUCAUUCCCAAGGGAAACAACCAAGAGUCAAGAAACAACAGUGGUUACAUCCAAACCCUCUAUUGUCACCACCACUACAAAAGGACCAUCAAUAACAACGAAGGGAACUACCACCAAGCCUGGAGAAACAACCAUAUCAAAGGAAACAACAAUAAAGGUUGAGACAACAAAACCACCUAAAAUAGUAACCACUGGCCCAGCCACAACUGCCAUCACUGGUGUUGUUGAAACUACAACUUCAUUCUCAGGGGAAACAACCAAGAGUCAAGAAACAACAGUGGUUACAUCCAAACCCUCUAUUGUUACAACCACUACAAAAGGACCAUCAUUAACGACAAAAGGAACCACCACCAAACCUGUAGAAACGACUAUAUCAGAGGAAACAACAAUACAGGUUGAGACAACUAAACCACCUAAAAUAGUCACCACUGGCCCAGUCACAACCGCCACCACUGGUGUUGUUGAAACUACAACUUCAUUCCCAGGGGAAACAACCAAGAGUCAAGAAACAACAGUGGUUACAUCCAAACCCUCUAUUGUCACCACCACUACAAAAGGACCAUCAAUAACAACGAAGGGAACUACCACCAAACCUGGAGAAACAACCAUAUCAAAGGAAACAACAAUAAAGGUUGAGACAACAAAACCACCUAAAAUAGUAACCACUGGCCCAGUCACAGCCGCCACCUCCGGUGUUCUUGAAACUACAACUUCAUUCCCAGGGGAAACAACCAAGAGUCAAGAAACAACAGUGGUUACAUCCAAACCUUCUAUUGUUACCACCACUACAAAAACACCAUCAUUAACGACAAAAGGAACCACCACCAAACCUGUAGAAACGACUAUAUCAGAGGAAACAACAAUACAGGUUGAGACAACAAAACCACCUAAAAAAGUCACCACUGGCCCAGUCACAACCGCCACCACCGGUGUUGUUGAAACUACAACUUCAUUCCCAGGGGAAACAACCAAGAGUCAAGAAACAACAGUGGUUACAUCCAAACCCUCUAUUGUCACCACCACUACAAAAGGACCAUCAAUAACAACGAAAGGAACUACCACCAAGCCUGGAGAAACAACCAUAUCAAAGGAAACAACAAUAAAGGUUGAGACAACAAAACCACCUAAAAUAGUCACCACUGGCCCAGUCACAGCCGCCACCUCCGGUGUUCUUGAAACUACAACUUCAUUCCCAGGAGAAACAACCGAGAGUCAAGAAACAACAGUGGUUACAUCCAAACCCUCUAUAUUUACCACAACCAUAAAAACACUGGCAACAACUACUGAGGGUGUUGUCACAGGAGGGCCCAAAACAACAAUUCCAAUAACAAAACCUUCCAUUUUGAACACCACUUCAUCUGCAACUACUAGCACAAAAUUGUUAGGCACUACAUCAUUUGGCCCAUUAACACAGACACUUCCUGGCUUUACAACUGUUUAUAAUACUGGUUCAACCACAACACCCCUGCUCAGUACAACUACCACAUUAUGUGCCUGUAUUGUCAAUGGAACUUCCUAUCGUCCAGGGGACUUGGUGUACAAUGUCACUGAUGGCUUAGGGUGGUGUUUCAUUGCACAUUGCAGUGCAUCUUGUAAAGUUGAGAAACAGUCCACUCCGUGUCCCACAACACCGAUACCUAGCACAACUGUACAUUCUACAGUGAUCAUCACUACUACAAAAUCAACCUUUUCUACGACCACAAGUAUUCCUACUUCCACUCCAUUAACAACUACCCUGGACUGCAAUGAUGAGUAUCCACCAAGAAAGAAUGGAGAGUCCUGGACAGUUAACAACUGCACCACAGCUAUUUGCACCAAUGGCAAGGUCACAAAGACACCUAAGCCCUGUCCCACAGUACAGCAACCCAUUUGUGUCAAUGGACGUAAAGUUGUGAAGGGCUAUGAUGAUAAUGGAUGCUGCCCCCACUAUGAAUGUGAAUGUGUGUGCAGUGUCUGGGGUGGAUCCAACUACAAUACAUUUGAUGGAAAAUCAUACCGUUUCAACAAAGACUGCUCUUACUACCUUGUCAAAGAGAUUAUUACCAAAUAUAACCUGACUAUUACAUUAAAUAAACAUGACUGUGAUCCUUCAGAAAUCACAUUCUGUACCCAGGCUCUCACUGUUACAUACCAGUCCUAUGAGGUAGUACUGACUCGGCGGUUGAAGACUUCAGGAACAGAAGCUAAUGCGGUUUAUGUGAAUCAGAAACGCAUCUAUCCAGCUUACAGCAAUUCUGUUCUGCGCAUCAUUGGCACAGAUAUGAUAGUAUCAUUGAUUAUACCGGAGAUCAAGACAAAAGUGUCCUAUAGGGGCUCCACAUUCAGCAUUGACAUUCCCAAUUCUCUCUUUGGUGGGAACACUGAGGGACAGUGUGGAACCUGUGACAACUCCCAGAACAAUGACUGUCGUUCUCCCAACGGCCAGGUGGAAAACUGCACAGAAUCUGCAGGCCAAUGGCGUGUGCCAGAUAAACCCUGUGUCACCCCCACAACCCCACCUACGAUAACUACUACAAUGACACCCCAGACCACCUCAACACCACCACAGUCAAAAACCCAGUCUGUUUGUAAACCUGCCAUUUGUGAUCUCCUAACGAGCAGCUUAUUUGCUCCGUGCCACUCAGUCAUAGCCCCUGGAAAAUUUGUGCAAUCCUGUGUGAAUGACAUUUGCAAUGGUGGCAAUGAUAGCUGUUCCAACCUAGAGGCCUAUGCUUCUGAGUGCUCUAAUGCAGGAGUCUGUAUUGACUGGAGGAAUGACACCAAUGGGCAGUGCGAACACAAGUGUCCAAGUGGAAAAGUGUACAUGGCCUGUGGUCCUACUGUAGAGCGUACGUGCAAUGAAAGAUACAACAAGAAGUUCGAUUUAUCAACUAACUACACUGAGGAGGGUUGCUUCUGUCCUGAAGGCACCACCUUAUUCAACACAGUCUAUGAAACAUGUGUUAAAUCCUGUGAUUGUGUUGGACCUAAUGGACAACCCAAACAGCCUGGUGAAACAUGGACAAGUGACUGCAGCAACUGUGUGUGUGACAAGGACUCAAUGAGUGUCCAGUGCCAGCCUGUUGAGUGCCCAUCAGUACAGAGUCCCAACUGCAGCGAGCCUGGCCAGCAGCUGGUCAACAAAACAGAUGGCUGCUGCACAACGCAGUCAUGUGAAUGCAACACCAACCUGUGUCCCACUCCUCCCACUUGCAAAUUGGGAUUCUAUCUCACUGUCACUAACGACACCUGCUGCCAAUCCUACAAGUGUGAACCUAAAGGUGUAUGUAUCCAUGACAUGACUGAGUACAAACCUGGUGAAAAAAUACCCACCACACCACACACAACAUCAGAACCACCAACAGAAGCACCAUCAGUAACAAGGCAACCAUCUGGAACAACAGCAUCACCAUCAGGAACAGCAUCACCAUCAGGAUCGGGACAAACAUCUGGAAUAACAAUGCAACCUUUCAAGCCUGGCCCCUGUCAGGAGUGUUAUUGUGGCCCCAAAAUGGAUCCCAUCACCAAGCUGAACAUCAUUAACUGCAAACCCGUUGUCUGCAAAACAGACUGCUCUGAAGGUUAUGAAUAUCAGACUGUAUCUGGCAAGUGCUGUGGGAAGUGUGUUCAGAAGAGCUGUAUUUUCACCACACCUGACAACACAACGCAAAUCAUUGAGGUGAAUGACACUUUUGUACCCCCCAACAACAAGUGUGUGAAAUAUACAUGUGAGAAGAUCAAUGGACAGCUUGUUACCAAGGAGACCGAGACCACCUGUCCUCACUUUAAUCCUUUGGACUGUGAACCGGGCACCGAGACAACUGAUGCCAAUGGAUGCUGCAAAACCUGUAAGUUACGCAGUGUCUGUGAGGUCCAGAGUAAGGAGACAGUCAUCGAGGUGAACGGCUGUAAGAGCGUGCAGCCAGUCAACAUGACAUCCUGUGCUGGACACUGUGGAAGCUCAUCUAUAUAUUCUGCAGCGGCUAAUAAGAUGAUGCACCAGUGUGAGUGUUGCCAAGAGGCCUCCACCAGUCAGAAGCAAGUGGAGCUGACCUGUGCCGACAACUCCAAAGUCCAGCACACCUACACUGUCGUGGAAACGUGCAGCUGCAGUAAAACAGUGUGUGUGGAGGGGACCACAGCCAAACCACAGCCCCGCCGGAGACGCUGA